AGUUAAAAAUUAUAAUUGUCUAAGAAUAUUAAGUACAAAUCAACCUUAUAAAGUAAUUUAUUUAAUACCAAAAACUAUGAGUUCUGUUUGUAAAUGUGAUUGCGGGAAAUUAAGUUCAUCAAUGAACGAUAAAAAUUGGAAUAGACAUAUUAACUCAUGUAAAGUACGAAAAUUUAAAAGAAACUCUCAUGAUAUAAAAUCGUUUUUUUCUGGAAACAAGAGUAAAAAAAGCAAAUUGAUUCACCAAAUUACUGCUGUAAAAAAUACUAUUUUUGAUGUGAACAAUGAUUUAAAUGAAGACCAAAGUACCCCAGUUAAUAAAGAAUCAUUGGUUAAAUGUGAAAUUCAAAAAGAUACUGAGAUAAGCUCAUGUUUGCAAAAUAAAGAAUUUUGUCUGAUAAAUCAAAAUGCCAUCGUGAUUGGUUGUCUUAUUCAUUAAGCAGAAAUAAAAUAUUUUGUAUUCAUUGCAUGCUUUUUGGAACCAAUUUGCAUAGUAAUUUAGAAAAAUCUUGGACCAAAGAAGGGUUUAAUAAAUGGAAAAAUUGUUCAUUUGCUAUUCAAAGACAUGAAUUAACUCCAGAUCAUGUAACAUCAUCUUUAAAAUGUAAGUUACGUCAAAACAAUGUGCCAAUUUUGCCUUCAAUUGAAAAUAAUAGAAAAACUCAGAUAGCAAUGAAUAGACAAGUUUUAUUAGAGCUUAUAGACAUUGUAAUAUACAUGGGACGUCAUAACCUGGCAUUUCGUGGGCAUUAUGAGGAUUGGUCUUCAAAUUCUUGAGGUAAUUUUAAGAACUUGGUUAUGUUAAUGUCUAAAAAUUCCGGACCAUUAGCGGAAUACAUUAACUGUAUUCAACAAAAUGGAAAACGUGAAACAUCUUUUAUUUCAUGGCAAAGACAAAAUCAGUUGAUUGAAGCUAUUGCCGAAGAUAUUUAAUUUCAAAUAAGAUAA